AUGGACAAACUCUCAGAAAGCGAUGACAUCCGCACCAGUUGUCUCAUCCCCCACGAUGUGCAUGUCAUCCAUCCGCUUAAUGGAGAUCUCUUACAUGUCCUCGACGAACAUGACGCUCUGUCGACAUCCAACUCCGCCUCAAAGCCGCACAUCUCGACUCUCAAUGACGCCAUUCGCCGCAGCACUGUGAUCUGGCAGAUGCAUGGUGCCGCCGUUCUCCAGAUCUCUUCUACCGUUGCUCUCAAACGGGACGCAGAUCUCGACAUUGCCCAUAUCUCAACUCUCAAUCACAUCCGCCAUCAUGCCCCCUCCCUCCCGAUCCCUCGUACUUUUGGUGUGCUCAUUGACCGAUCUCGACGGAUGUAUUAUCAUUUCAUGACCUACUUUCCUGGGCCAUCUCUUCAAACUCACUGGAUACAUCUGUCUGAUGCCCAAAAGAAAUCCGUCAAGGAGCAGCUCGAACCGAUUUUUCAACAGUUGCGAAAAGUACCAUCGCCACCGCUCGAGAAUGGACGUUUGACUUGGGGCAGUGGAGUGCCAAGAAGGUGUAUAGACACCAGAAGGUGGGAGCGUGUUGCGAAAGAAGAGAUUUUGGACGAGCAGGUAUUCAACGAUUUUCUUACCACGAGAGACCGGCUUGGGCAUGGGCCAUGGAUACAGAUGGUUAGAUCAUUUAUGCGCGAGGAUCAUGCUUGUGCUAUGACACAUGCUGACCUUCAUCCCCGUAAUAUUGUCGUGCAGAUAGUCCCGCAUAGCGAGAAUGACGCCAGUGAUGAUGACUUGACACAGAAGGAUGUCAAAGUGCUCGGCGUUAUUGACUGGGAUAAGAGUGGCUGGUAUCCGGAGUACUGGGAGUUUGUAAAGGCACUGAAUACCAUCGGCUUGGAUGAUCCCAUGCAGGACUGGUGGCAGUAUCUUCCCCACUCCGUUGGCCUUUGGCCGGUGGAGCAUUCUUUGGAUCGAAUGAUUUGGCGCUGGUACGGUUAG